GGAGUAUGAAGCUACUUUUAUCCCCUCAUCAUUACCCAAAUGAUCUGGCACCUUUUUUCUCUGACGCGGAUCUUGUCGCCACGUUGUGUUGCAUGCAAUCCAAGUACAAGCUUACACGAGACUUCAUGCCAUUGGACUGAUGAAAAGUAUGGUGGAAACCUUGGACAAUUUGGACAAACAUCUGAUCGAUCGUGAUGCUGCCAUUUUUCAGUUUAUGUUGUUAAAGCGGGAUGAGCGACAGCGUUGAAUCAGAGAUGCUAUUAUCAAUUUGAUCCGCAAAUUAUCUGACGCUGCUCUUGACCAAGGGCUUCGAGAAAUGGAGCAAAACACCCGCUUUGUGGAACCUUUUUUGUGUGGCCUCUUUGACGACCCAUCUCAAGGCAUCUUCUUCCGCUGGCUUGAUGAGCGCACUAUGGAGGUGAAGAAAAAGGACACGCUGACGAACAUGCGUCUCGGCAUUACUAUAACGUGUGCCCGAGGCGUGCAUUGGGCGGUAAGCAGCGCAUAUGGGGUGGCCAAACCGACGGUGGAAUCCGACAACAACUUCAUGCUCUGUUGUGACCUCAUGCGGGUGACGAUAUUUUGCAAAGAUGCUCUUGAUGAAUAUAGCGUGGAUGGUGUACUUGGCAUCCAAGUUGUGGGGAACAGGGUCUCAUUUUACGGUAUGACGCUUCCAUCCACUGGCUUGUACUCGUUUUAUGAGCUCGUAGCUGUCACGAUUCCAAACACCAUUCGCGAUUUAUCAAAACUGGUAAUGGAUAUGCCAUACCUCUUUCUUGUACUUGAUGUGUUUCAUCGUCUCUGCAAACCGCCAAGUGAACCACACGACACCGCUUCUCAUCGACUAACUAUUUCGCAAACAAUUUACCAAGGCUUAUUUUCAGGUUCAAAAGAUCGAUCUCGUGUUUGCCGCCUGAACCAGCGUCAAAAAAUCUAAUCACAUUUCAUAUCAGCCACAAAUACAAAUAACGAGUCAUUUUGCCUAACAAAAUAAAAAAAGCUAGCCACUGCCUAACAAAAAAAAAAUGUUUUCGACCAAAAAAGACUUUGCUAACUCUUACAUGGGCACUUUGUUGCGACAUUUUAUCCCAACAUUUGUAAGAAUGCGAAGCGAAACCUUUGAAGUGGCUUUUCUCUACACUGUUGCAGGCCUCCGUAAUCCUUUUUGAUAAAGUGUCUUC